AUGGCAGAAGACAAGGUUGCUGCAGUGGUGAUAGACAAUGGGUCUGGGAUGUGUAAAGCUGGUUUUGCUGGAGACGAUGCUCCCCGUGCUGUAUUCCCCUCUAUUGUGGGGCGUCCUGGACUCCAGGGUGUCAUGGUUGAUGUGGGGAUGAAGGAUAGCUAUGUUGGUGAUGAUGCUCUAAGCAAGAAAGCAUUGCUGAACCUUGAUUACCCCAUUGAACAUGGCAUUGUCAUAAACUGGGAUGACAUGGAGAAGAUCUGGUAUCACACCUUCUACAAUGAGCUGUGUGUCGUCCCCGAGGAGCACCCUGUACUGCUCACUGAGCCUGCCCUGAACCCCAACGCCAACAAGGAGAAGAUGACGCAGAUCAUGUUCGAGACUUUCAACACCCCAGCCAUGUACGUGGCUCUUCAGGAGGUCCCAGUAGUGUACGCAUCUGGACGCACCACUGCCAUAGUAAUGAACUCCGGAGAUGGAGUAAGCAGCACGGUGCCUGUCUAUGAGGGUUAUGCCCUUCCCUUUGCCAUCACUCGCAUGAACAUUGCAGGCCGUGACCUUACUGACUACCUGAUGAAACUCCUGUCUGAGAAGGGCUACAGCUUCACUACCACUCAGCAUCAGAGUGUCCGUGAUGUAAAGGAGAAGCUGUGUUAUGUACCACUGGACUUUGUGCAUGAGAUGAAGACCGCUGCUACCGAUCAUGACUUGGACAAGUCUUACGAGAUGCCAGAUGGACAAAUUAUUACCAUUGGCAGUGAGCGCUUCCGCUGUCCUGAGGCACUUUUCAAUCCCUACCUUAUGGAUAUAGGUUGUGAAGGCAUUCAUGAGAAUACUUUCCAAUCCAUCAACAAGUGUAAAAGUGAGAUUCGUGAAAUCUUGUCCAAAAACAUUGUGCUGUCUGGUGGUAGUACCACGUUCCCUGGAUUUGCAGACAGGAUGCAAAAAGAGAUAACAGAGCUGGCUCCACGCGCAAUGAAAAUCAAGGUGAUCGCCCCACCUGAGCGCAAGUCCUUGGUUUGGACUGGAGGCUCCAUCCUGGCCUCUUUGUCCACUUUCCAGCAGAUGUGGAUCAGCAAGCAGGAGUACAAUGAGUCUGGACCCUCUAUUGUCCACCGUAAAUGCAUAUGA